GGUGUGUGCGCGCGACUUGUCGCCACCAUCCGUCCGUCACUUGUGUGCGCCGGAUGUUCCUCUACAACGUGUUGAAGGAAAAUUCACGUGUGGACAUUUUUAAUCUUACACAUACAUUGUGAAGUUUGUUCCAAAAGGAGCGGAUUAAUUGUCUAUUUGUGUAGCUUGGAGUCAUGGGUCGGAAGUUGGAUCCCACCAACAAGGUGAAGAGAGGGCUGGGGAAAAAAGCCAGGAAGCAGCAAGGAGCAGAGAUCGAGUUGGCCAAGUUUGUAAAAGAUGAGGACACAGAGCCAAAACGACUCUCAAGUAGAGCUAGGAAGAGAGCUGCAAAAAGAGUCCAGAGUUUGAAAAAGCCUAAAGAUGCUGCUCAGGAACAGCCCAAGAAAGGAUUCACUGAUGAGAACAGUAAAUGGUUGAAACCAGCAAAAAGGAAGCGUAAAAUGGAAGAACCUGAAAGUGAGGAUGACAGUGAUGAGCACUGGGAGGAAGAUGAGGAGGAAGUGGAAGAGGAGCAGCAGCAGCAGAAGAAGAAAAAGGAAGUAAAAGAUCAAAGAAAGAAGGGUGCAGUGAAAGAAGUUGCAGAAGAGGAGGAGGAGGAUGAUGAUGAUGACGACGAUGAUGAUGAUGAUGACGACGACGAUGAUGAUGACGACGACGAUGAUGAAGAAAUGGUUGAUGACUACGGUACACAGGAUGAUGGUGAUGAGGAAGCAGCUGAAGAGGAAAGUGAGGGAGAGGAGCUUCUCCCCAUCGAGCGUGCAGCCAAAAAAGAGAAAAAACUAAAGGAAACCAUGGGCCUGGAGAGUGACGAUGACGAUGAUGAUGAUGAGGAGGAGGAGGGGGGGGAGGACGAUGGUGAUGAUAGUGAGGAGGAAGAAAAUAAAUCAGAUGCUGACAUGGAUGAAGAGGACACAGUACAGACCAACUUAGACGAAAUGGAUCAGUUUAGGCUACCAGGGGCCGAGGAAAGUGAGAAGGAAGGUGUCCUGCCUCUAGACCUGAAGACAAUCCAUCAAAGAAUAAAGGACAACAUUGAUGUCCUUUGUAAUUUCUCAACAAAAAGGGAGGAGGGGAAAGAGAGAGCAGAGUACAUAUCUCUUCUGAAGAAGGAUCUCUGUACUUAUUACAGCUACAACAACUUCCUCAUAGAAAAAUUGAUAGACAUCUUCCCUCUUUCAGAGCUUGUUGAUUUCCUAGAAGCCAAUGAAAUUCACAGACCCGUCACUAUUCGCACCAACACACUGAAAACGAGGAGGCGGGACCUUGCACAGGCCUUGAUCAACAGGGGAGUGAACCUUGAUCCACUGGGGAAGUGGUCUAAAGUUGGUUUGGUUAUCUAUGACUCUUCAGUACCUAUUGGUGCAACCCCAGAGUAUCUGGCUGGUCACUACAUGCUGCAAGGAGCUUCCAGUUUUCUCCCAGUCAUGGCGCUCUCACCACAGGAGGGCGAGCUAGUGUUGGACAUGAGCUCAGCUCCAGGAGGCAAGACCACCUAUAUUGCUCAGCUGAUGAGAAACACGGGGCUGAUUGUGGCUAAUGAUGCCAACGCCGAAAGACUGAAGAGUGUGGUGGGCAACAUCCACCGUCUGGGGGUCACCAACACUGUUGUCUGCAACUAUGAUGGAAGGCAGUUCCCAAAGGUAAUGGGUGGGUUUGAUAGGGUGCUGCUUGAUGCUCCAUGCUCAGGCACAGGAGUCAUUGCUAAAGAUCCUGCUGUAAAGACCAGUAAGGAAGAUGCAGACAUCCAUCGCUCUGCUCACUUGCAGAAAGAGCUGAUUCUGUCUGCCAUCGACUCUGUCAAUGCUGAGUCCCCCUCAGGAGGAUAUCUGGUCUACUGCACAUGCUCAAUAAUGGUGGAGGAGAAUGAAUGGGUGGUGGAUUACGCUUUAAAGAAAAGGAAUGUGAAAUUAGUUCCCACAGGACUUGACUUUGGCAAGGAAGGCUUCACCAGGUUCAAAGAACGUAGAUUCCACCCUUCUCUGCGACUGUCUCGCCGCUUUUACCCUCAUUCUCACAAUAUGGAUGGAUUUUUUGUGGCCAAGUUGAAGAAAUUCUCCAAUGUAAUUCCAACGGCACCAGCAGGAAAAGAAGAAGAAAACGCAGAUGUUCCUGAAGCCACAGUUGUUACAGACUCUCCUGAAGAGAAAUCAUCCAAAAAGGACAAAACAAAGAAGAUUGUCCCCAGUAAGGCAGCCAGCUUGAAGGAGAAAACCCAAGCCAAUGGAACAGCUGACAAGAAAACGGCAAACGUCACGUCAAAAGGCAAAAAGAACUUGCUCGCUGGACCAAAAAAGGCAAAGGUUGCCAAGAUGGAUGGAGAGACUGUGAAAGGGGCAAAGGCCAAGAAGCCCACAGUGAAGACAGCAGAUGAAACUAAACCAUCAGUGGCUGAGAAAAAGGAAGGAAGCAGAUUUGAGAAAAAACAGGGCAAAAAGAGAAAAACACCCAACAAGGCGAAGAACAGAAUGGGAAAGAAUAAAUUCAAAAAAUUGAAGUAUAUGUUGGAAAAACAAGACAGAGAGUGACCAUGUAUACAGUGUGAUUAAGUGUACUGGAUUGUAUAAGAGCUGUGUAGAGCUUCCUCACGGACCCAGAUCUCCUCCUUCCAGCUGAUGAGUAUUCAGAUCGUGGUGUUCUGUUGUCAUUUCAGAGCAGAGAUAUACUGUAUGUUUGUAAUGCUUAUUUACAAAUGAACUGGACUGGUCAGUGAUGUUCUCCCUUAAACAAGGUCCUACCUUUUUUAUUUGUAUUACAGAAUAUUCAUUAUGUUUGUCUGUUGAUUUAAUUACAGUGUGGGUCAUCCUUCUUUCCAUAAAUUUGUGAAACAUAAUAAAUCUUUUAAGGUA